AUGGAUGAAACAGCUACGCUUUUAUUAAUAGAGGAACAACCUUUGGCACAUGUAGUUGAAAGUCAGUUUACCUCACAAAUUUGCGCAUACUGCAUGGAACCAAUUUGGGAGAGGAUCUGUGAAGAUAAACUAAAGCGGUGUAGUGGAUGCAAAUUCUCGCAUUACUGUGGUCUAAAUUGUCAGAAAAAAGAUUGGCCUAUCCAUAAGAAAGAAUGUUCUUAUUUGUCACGCGUAGCACCGCUUGUUCCGGGAUCAAUACCUCGUUUGAUCGGUCGAAUAAUCACAACUUUAAAGCAAAAUGGUGAUAAACCUAGUUUCAAUGGGCGUUCUUUUGCCAGUUUAACUACUCACGCUGAAGAUUUUAAACGCGAUAAAAAAGAAAGAAGUGCUUUUGAAAGCAUUGUACAUGUUAUCAGACACUAUUUCUUGCCAAACCAGAUGCCAUCCAAAUCUGAAUUGUUCGAUAUUUUUUGUAAAAUUGUUGUCAACGCUUUUAAAAUUACUGACAGUUGCUUGCAAGAAAUUGGUACUGGACUUUAUUUAGGACUUUCUGUUUUGGAUCAUAGCUGUAAACCAGAUGCAUUCGUUAUUUUCAAUGGCACAAAAGCAGCGUUAAGAUCCUUAAGAAGCAAUACUGAAUAUAGUGAUAAGUUGCGUAUUUCGUAUAUUGACAUAUCAUUCCCUAAAUGUGAGAGGCAGAAGAAUCUCGAAAGUCAUUAUAGAUUCACUUGUGACUGUGAAGUUUGUCAAAAUAUCGACCUGGAUCGACAAAAAUUCUCUCUUCGGUGUAAAAAUUGUAGAGACGGUUACUGUCCUUAUAAUCAGAAAUAUGUUCACUCAAGAACGAAGUUGCCUUGUAAAGUUUGUGGUGCUAAAUCAUAUUACGAUCUUGACGAAAUUCAAGAUAUAUCUGAGAAAUUCAAGAGUGAUGAAUGGUCGAAAAAGAGCCUGGAUGAGCAAAUGGAUUUAUAUUGCUCACUGGAAAAGAUUUUGUCACCAUUCAACAUCUAUCUUCGCAAGCUUGCAGAAAAUAUCGUAUCUGCAGCAGUGGAGGAAGAAAAAUACGAUGUUGCUAUCAAAUACAAGGAAAAAACACUUCUCAGUUUCAUAACAUUUUUUCCUGAAAACUAUCCUUGUCUGAGUGUGUGGAUGUUUAGUUAUGCAAAAUUACUAAAUCUAGAGAAAAGCGAAAAAUAUUUUGGUGUGCUACGGAAGGCUUUUCAAAUGAUAUGUAAAAGUUAUGGAUCUGAGAGUAAAUUUGCGUCAGUUGCUGCUCAAGUGAUGAGUUAUGUGCGUGAGCCGUGUCCGCAGCAUCAUUCUUAA